CGGAAGUAUUUUAACGUCACGAAAAUAUGAGAUACUAAUUUUAGAAUCAAAUAGGUGUGGUAUAAAUAGAAUGUAAAAUUAAAAGUUAAGUCAUAUUUAUGUUUUACAAAUAUUCACAAUGUGGAAUUUUAUUGAAAGAUACACGGUUGAACACUACAGGACUUAAACAUUGAAUGUUUAGUGACACCAAAAUGUCUGGAGAACACAAAACAGUUAUAAAAGGAAAUUCUUCCAAAUAUGUAAAAAUUAAUGUUGGGGGUUCCCUUCAUUAUACGACCAUAGGGACCCUAACAAAACAGGACACUAUGCUACGUGCAAUGUUCAGCGGUCGAAUGGAAGUUCUGACUGACUCUGAAGGCUGGAUCCUGAUAGACAGAAAUGGCCAGUAUUUUGGUUACAUUCUCAACUUCCUGAGAGAUGGGACUGUUGCACUGCCAGAAAGUAGACGGGAGCUCAUGGACCUAUUACAAGAGGCCAAGUACUUCCUGGUUCAAGAUCUAGUUCAAUUGGUGGAAGCCCAUUUAAAGAGGCUUGGGAAGGAUGAUGUGGAACCCAAGUGUAGGAUCCCCUUGAUAACCUCACAGCGAGAGGAGCAGAGUCUUAUAGCCACAACUGUCAGGCCUGUGAUAAAAUUGAUUUGUAACAGACACAACAACAAGUAUUCAUAUACACCAAAUUCAGAUGACAACUUCCUUCGCAACAUAGAGCUUUUUGACCGCCUGGCGCUGCGGUUCAGCGGGCGUGUGCUCUUCCUAAAGGACGUCUUAGGCAGUAACGAGAUCUGCUGCUGGUCCUUCUACGGCCACAACCAAAAGAUAGCAGAAGUAUGCUGCACCUCCAUCGUGUAUGGGGAGCAGAAGAAGCACACAAAGGUGGAGUUCCCAGAAGCAAAGAUUUUUGAAGAAGCUUUAAAUUGUCUCCUGUAUGAGAAUCGCCACUCGAGGCCUGACCUUGAACUGAUGGAGGCCACGAGGAUUGGUAGCGGUGCCUCGGCCUCUCAAAGCGACGAGGAGAUUGAUGUCAUGCUGGAUCGUAUGCGUACCUCUAAUAACAGGAAAUAGCGAUCGUAGAAGUGUUUAGUAUUAUUCAGGUUUUUCCUUGAAACUUACAUGCACUCCUUGUAAGCAUUAUAUAUUUUGGUAGUAUUACCGAAAAAUUGAAAUACCUAGUCCAAUAACAAUACAAGUAUGAUAUACUUUGAAACUUAAAGAUGAAAUAUGCUUAUGAUGUCAUUACUGAGGAUAUUUUAAGUUUGCUAGAGUCAAACUUAUGGUAUACAAGUCCAGUCUUUAUGUUUAAGUAUUUUGUUGUGUUGUUGUUGUUGUUUGUGGAAAAAAUUAUAUCAGCAAAAAGCAUGUAAAUUCUUUUUGCCAGAACUGCUCAGAUAAAUAAAUCAAAUAUUAUCUGUAGUGAUCUGUUAUAAAGUAGAUCUAUUUAUGUACAUGUUUUAAUGAAGUUCUCUUUUAAGUCUAAGCAUUUUAUACAUUGCAGUUCUUUUAAAUAUAUGUACAUGUAUAUGACCUUUAAGAAUAAUUGUGAUGUUUUUCUUUGCUUUAUUAGCACACCUGAGCACACCAUGUUCAUGGUUGGCUUUUGUAAAAGCCCUUCGUUCUCUCUAUUGGCCACAUUUAACCAUGUCUAAUCGUCAUGAAACUUGGUCAGAGCAUUCAUUCUAAUGAUGUCUCAGCUUAGUUAGAAAAUGGUUCUGUUUGGUAAAAAAACAAGGCCACCAAGGGUCUUGACAACAUUCCUUAUAAGCUAUAUGGCUAUUGUGAAACAUUUUUAGCACUCUAGAAGUCAUAUUUUUAGUGCAAUCUUCAUGAAACUUGGUCAAAACAUUUCUUGUAAUGAUAGUUAGGCCAGGUUUAAAAACAGUUGUUGUUUAUCAAAAAAACAUCGCUGCCUUGGUGUGAGGCGGUUUUCCUUUUAUGGCUUUAAUGAAACCUCAUAAAAACUCUAUAUUUGCCUCAUUUAUUUUCCAAACUUUACAAAACUUUGUGAGAAUGUUUGUCCAAAUAAAAUCUCAACUGAGUUUUAAACUGAGUUAACUGAGAUCAAAAACUAGUUUUCUAGGUUAAAGAAAUGUUAAAGCAAGUUAAAAUUCUAGAAUAUGCAUUUUUGCUCACCUGAUUGCUCAGGUGAGCUUUUCUGACCGGUCUUUGUCCAUCGUACGUCCGUCUGUCCGUUAACAUUUGCUCUUAAACACUCUAGAGGCCACAUUUCUUGUCCCAUCUUCAUGAAACUUAGUCAGAAUCUUUGCCCAAAUAAAAUCUCGGCAGAGUUCGAAACUGGGUUGUGCCGGGUCAAAAACUAGGUCACUAGGUAAAAAAAAAGAAAAACCUUGUAAACACUGUAGAAGUCACAUUUCAUGUUCAAUCUUCAUGUAACUUUGUCAAAAUAUUUGUCUUAAUGAUAUCUUGAUUGAGUUCAAAAGUGGUUCCGGUCUGUUGAAAACAUGGCCAUCAGUGGGCGGGGCAGUUUUCCUUAUUUGGCUUUAGAGAAACCUUGUAAACACUCUAGAAGUCACAAUUUUUGCCCAAUCAUCAUGAAAGGUGGUCAAAACAUUGAUUUAAUUGAUAUCUCGGACGAGUUCGAAAAUGGUCCAGAUCGGUGAAAAAACAUGGCCGCCAGUGGGCAGGGCAUUUUUCUCUAUAUGUAUAUAGUGGCAGUUUUCCCAAUUUGGCUAUAGAGAAUUGUCCAAUCAUCAUGAAGUUGGUCAAAACAUUGGUUUUAUUGAUAUCUCGGACGAGUUCGAAAAAAGUCCAGAAUGGUGAAAAAACAUGGCCGCCAGUGGGGGGGCAUUUUUCUUGAUAUGUAUAAAGUGGCAGUUUUCCCGAUUUGGCUAUAGAGAAACCACGUAAACACUCUAGAAGUCACAAUUUUUGCCCAAUCAUCAUGAAAGUUGGUCAAAACAUUGGUUUUAUUGAUAUCUUGGAGGAGUUCGACAAUCGUGUGAAAUCGGUGAAAAAACAUGGCCGCCAGUGGGCGGGGCAUUUUUCUCUAUAUGUAUACAGUGAAAACGUUAACACUCUAGAAGUCACAUUUUUGGCCCAAUUUUCAUGAAAUUUUGUCAGAACAUUUGUUUCUAUGAUACAAGAGUUGAGUUCAAAAAUGGUUUCUGUCAAACCUUGUGAUCGAACACUAUGGAAGUCACAUUUUUAUGCCCCCCUUAGAAGAAGAGGGGGUAUAUUGUUUUGCUCAUGCCGGUCCGUAUGUCUGUCCACCAGAUGUUUUCCAAUUGAUAAGUCAAGAACGCUUAGGCCUAGGAUCAUGAAACUUCAUAGGUACAUUGAUCAUGACUCGCAGAUGACCCCUAUUGAUUUUGAGGUCAAAGGUCAAGGUCAUGGUGACCCGAAAUAAUAAAAUGGUUUCUGGAUGAUAACUAAAGAAGGCUUAUGCCUAGGGUCAUAAAACUUCAUAGGUACAUUGAUCGUGACUCACAGAUGACCCCUACUAGAUCAAAGGUCAAGGUCACAGUGACCCGUAACAGUAAAAUGGUUUCCGGAUGAAAGCUCAAGAACGCUUAUGCCUAAGAUCAUGAAAGUUCAUAGGUACAUUGAUCAUGACUUGCAGAUGGCCCCUAUUGAUUUUCAGGUCACUAGGUCAAAGGUCAAGUUGAAUCGAAAUAGUAAAAUGGUUUCCGGAUGAUAACUCAAGAAAGCUUAUGCUUAGGAUCAUGAAACUUCAUAGGUACAUUGAUCAUGACUUGCGAAUGACCCCUAUUGAUUUUUAGGUCACUAGGUCAAAGGUCACGGUGAGUCAACUUAAAAUAAUGGUUUCCGGAUGAUAACUCAAAAAGGCUUGCGUCUAGGUUCAUGAAACUUCAUAGGUACAUUGAGGUGACCCAAAAUAGUAAAUUUGUUUUACUCAAGAACGCUUAUGCCUAGGAUGAUGAAACUUCAUAGGUACAUUGAUCAUGACUCGCAGAUGACCCCCAUUGAUUUUCAAGUCACUAGGUCAAAGGUCAAGGUCACGGUGUUUCAUCUUAGAAAAAUGGUUUCCAGAUGAUAACUCAAGAAGGCCUAUGCCUAGGAUCAUGAAACUUCAUAGGUUCAUUGAUCAUGACUUGCAGAAGACCCGUAUUGACUUUCAGGUCACUUGGUCAAGGUCACGGUUACUUGACACAGUAAAAUGGUUUUUGGAUGAUAACUCAAGAAAGCUUACGCCUAUGAUCAUGAAACAAUAAUUAUAAUGGUCAAGUUGAUAGAAUUUUCUUAUUAAAUCAAUCAAAAAUGGAAUUUAUCAAUGAACACACUCUUCUCAGGUGAGUGAACGAUGGCCAUCUUGGCCCUCUUGUUUAGCUCACCUGACCACAAUGUGCUCAAUGGUGAGUUUUUGUAAUCACCUUUUGUCUGCUGUCCGUUGUCAUUAUUUGCCUUGUUAAUACUCUAGAAACCACAUUUAUUGUGUGAUCUUCAUGCAACUUGGUCUGAAAAUUUGUCCAGUUGGUUGAAAAACAUGGCUACCAAGGAGGGAGAUGUUUUCUUAUAUGGCUGUAGUAAAAGCUUCUUAACACUGUAGAGGAUAUUUAUUGUCCGAUAUUCAUGAAAUUUAGUCAAAGAUUUGCCCCAGUCAAAUACUGAACAAGUUUAAAAAUGGUUCCAGUUGGUUGAAAAACAUGUCCACAAGGGGGCAAGGCAUUUUUCUUUAUAUGGCUUUAGUUAAACCUUGUUAACUCUCAAUAGGCCACAAUUAUUGUCCGAUUGUCAUGAAACUUGGUCAGACGAUUUGUCAUAAUGAAAUCUUGAAUAAGUUUGAAAAUGGUUCCAAUUGGUUUAAAACAUGGCCACCAGGGCCAGGGCAUUUUCCUUAUAUUGCUUCAGUAAAAACUUGUUAACACUCUAAAAGUCACUUUUAUUGUCCACUUUUAUUGAGUUUGAAAAUGGUUACAGUCUUUUGAACAAAUAUUGCUGCAAGGGGGUGGGGCAUUUUCCCUAAUAUUGCUAAAAUAAACUCUAAAAGCAGCAUUUAUUGUCCGAUCUUCAUGAAACAUGGUGAGACGAUUUCCCCCAAUGAUAUCUUGGACAAGUUUGAAAAUGGUUCAGGUUGGAUGAAAAUAUGGCAGGGGGAGGGGCAGUUUUACUAAUUUGGCUAUAGUAAAAACCUUGAUAGCACUGUAUAAGUAAUUUUUAUUGUCCAAUAAUCAGGAAACUUGGUCAGAAAAUUUGUUCUUAUGAUAUCUUGGGCUGCACAGAACAGGUCAGUUCCCUUGUAUCUCAGUUGAGUGACUUUGGGCCUUUCAGGCCUAAUUGUUACAUCCAUUCUUCCUGAUUUGUGGUCUAAACAUUUGUUCAAAUGAUAUCUCAUCUGAGGCCGAACAUUAAAAUAUGCAGAGAAAUGCAUAAAGUGCUUUUAAUGUUUUCCACCUCCUUAGAAUAGUUAUGUACCUUUAAGUAUCAGUAAAGCGCCUUUUGGCCCAUGGUCUUCUUGGUUAUAAUUCCUUGCGGAUUCUGUCUCCUUUACUUCUGCCCUGUGGAGUUUUUCUGUAUUUCUAUUUUGCAUAUACAUGUUCAACAUACACUAAUCAGUUUCAAUUAUUGCCAAUUAUUUAUGAACUUAUAUAAAUUCUAUGAAAAAGUGGUAAGGUGGGAUUAGAGUUUAGGAAAAGUUCAUGUCAGUUUUAACUUGUACAAAUAAUGCUGUUACAAACUGUACGCUUGAAACUUCACUGGUAGAUGCGAAUAAAAUAUAACUAAAUGA